AAUGCGAGUUUGUGGGGGGUGUCAGGGUCCCCUGAACCGGCUCAGGGUUCCGCCUCUUGUGAUAGGAAGCGCCUGCUAAAUAGUCCCGGCUAUUCAGCGCUUCCGCCUAACUUGCCGCAAAGUUUUUCUAGAGAAGUCGCCUCUUUUACUCAGCGCUCCUGCAGGCUGCUAGAGCUAACCUUCCUCUUCUUAGCUGGGUUUGCACUACGCUCGGGCUUUUUGAACUUUGCUUCUCCCACAGCCUAGGAGCUGGAGCGGGAGCGCGGCGACCGUGUGCCUCCGCGCGCCCGAGGGGAGCCGAACCCCGGAGGAAGGGGCGGAUCGGGCGCGGUGUUUGGGACGGAGCGGGGCGCGCGGCGCUCGAAGCACCCACUCGGCGCAUUCCGGGGCUGGUGGAGACAGCAUGGGUACUGCUGCGACCGCACCCCUCGAGCCGUAGAUUCGCAGCCCACGGCAGUCCGACUCGACGGCGUCCCCAUUGUGGGUCCAGUCUCUGGUCAUUGGAGGUCUUGUCUUGCAUCUACGCUCAGCUCUCUGGCGCGCGCUCCCUCCUCCACAGAGUUGGCCAGAGGCGCCCUUCUUGCAGACCCCAACCACACCCAGUGGCCGAUGGAUUUCUUUGUAACUGGCUUUCUCACUUCUAGGGUCCAUUUUGAGGCUGUUCUUAACAUGGUGUCCUCAUUGUCAAGUAGACAGUCUCUUCCUAGAUGGAUAUGGUAAUGGAGAAUAUAUAGGGUGAAUGUAUAUAAGGUGAAAUGUUGUAACUCUUUUAAGUAGACCAACAAAACAGGGUAGCUUUAAGGUUCAGAAUACAAAAGUUUAGGUUCAGUUUUGCUUAAUUCGGGGGGGGCGUUUAGUAUUUGUGAGCUAUUGUAGCCAAAACAUUCGUUGGGUAUGUUUGGAUAUCAAAAGUCUAAAAAACACCAGAAAAAUAAAAUAAGUCAAUAUUUAAGGAAUUCGUAAGAAUGCUGAACUUUGGUUAUAGCAGUGGUGAAAAAGUCACUAAACUGUACAUCGGGAUAGGAAUUUCAUUAACUUGAGUGACUGUGUGUUAGGUUUAGUUUACUGUUUUUUUGUUUUUUUAUGCAGCCAGGGAUCUGAUUUGAGUGUACCUUAAAGUUAGUAUUCUCAGGUUGAACAGAUAGAAACCAUUUAAGUUGAGGGAGUGAAAUAACCUGACAUUUUUCAAAGUUUUAGCUGCAAAUCCAUAAAAAUGAAUUUAUUAUCUUUUAGCAAAACUGUAUGUUUCUGAUACUUAUAAAGGAAGACAUUGCAUUGGGUUAACAUUUUUCAGGCCAUUAGCAUUUCAUGAGGAUGGUAAGCAUAGUAGACUACGUUCAUUUUUGUUAAAAUUCUUAUAAAUAAGAUGAGCCCCAAGUGUAGAAAAUUGUUAACAAAAGGGGAGGGAGGGAAAAAUUGCAGGUAUCUGACCUGUUUUGCACAUCCAGACUAUUCCUUAUUGUUGCAGUGAAAGUAAGAAUCAAUGUCAGUUCAAAAUGUUAUAUCUGUUUUUAUGGAAGGGUAAAAGAAUAUACAACCACAGUGAAUACCUAUCUGUGCAUCAAUAAUGUAUGAGCUUUUAAAUGGUUGAGUUUUUUUUUAGAAAUUACUAUCACACUUUAAAUCCUAUUCUGUUCUUUCUUAAUAGUGUAUGUGGUUCCAAGUUUUUGUAUCUUGAAGCAUUCCAGAAGAUAUAUUUUAGCAUAAAUACACAGUUUGACUCCAGAAUGUACUUUAAACAUGUCCUUUAAUGUACUUUUAUUGUUACUUUUCUGUUUGGCAUUGUUCUUAUGGAAGCAUUGUCUGCUUUAGAUCACUUAACACAACCUUUUUGGGGGAGGGGAGGGGAUGAUGAAAGUUUUGAGUCUUGCUCAGUUAUCUUCAGGGACUCUACCAGAAGUUUUGUGAUAAAGCACUAUAAGGAGAAGGAAAGAAUUGUGGUGAAGUUGAAAUUUUUAUUAUCUGACUCCAGGUGUGUAGGCUCUGAAAGUUUUAGUUCUGUAUGGGGUGUUGGCUUUACAUAGUAAGCAAUUUUCAUGGGAUGUUAGAAAGCACAAGUGAGUAUAAAGAGGUAGUAUGGUGGUAGUGGUAGUAGGAUAUCUGGCUUGGAAUCAGAUCUAGAUUGUUCUAGGUUUGUGAUUUUUUUGGCAAGAUUCAUUUUCCUGAUCUUGAAAUAAACAAAGAAAGUGAACUAGAUUGAGCCUAACCUCCCUUCUAAACUUUGAGUUUUGUGAUUUUUAUAAAUUUAUGUUGUGUUAUCAUGGAGUAGCAAUGAUGGGUUAUGGGCCAGAAGUGGAGAAGGUUUUCUUUUUCCUCUUAAAUUUAAACACAUAAUAUGAAGCAUAAUUGAAUCAAGAGUAUAAAAACAUUUUAAUAACAGGUUUUGCAGUCAGUUUUAAAAUCUUGGUCUUCAUUUCCAGAUACCGUCUCUUUUGAGCACUGUUCCUGAUUGUGGCUUUGUCCAAGCAUUAAAUUGCGUGCCUUUUGUUCCUUGAAGAAGGAGGUACUGGGAUACCACAGUAUCAUAUAAUUCCUCUCACCAAAUACAAAAAAGUAAUAUGAUGAAGAAUGAAAACUUCAAGUAAUGAAGUAAACAAGAGGCUGCUCUAUGAUGACUGACCAAAAUGAUUUGGAUUAUUCCAUCUUAAAAAUUUUACUUGGUACUUGCCAGUUCCUAAGCCUUUUGAAGAUUCAGAACUAAAAUAGCUGGUGCUAACGAGCCCCAACUCAGCCUCUGGACCCAGCUCAGAACUCUGGAUUCAUUCUCUUCCUUCCCAUACCUCAGCCCAAGCUUUCUAUCUCCUCAAAGGGUACCACAUGAUCUUCUGCUCAAGUCCUCACUUUCUAGAAUCUCAAGAUGAUGAAACGAAGACAGAGAUUGAGACUUGUCUAGAGUAACACAAACCAAUGACAAAACUGAGGUUCAGAGAACUUGAAGCUUGCCCCAAUGUCACAGAGCAGAGACAGAAGUAAAACUUGUAUUUCCCGACUUGCAGAUUAGUGUUAUUUCUACUUUAAGCUAUUACUUCUUGGUGAGUUAAUGUGGGAAAAAUUCUGGUAUUUUGAAGAUGUCUUGGCACAGUAUUGUUUCCUGUUUAAAUUACAAGUAACUUCAGUUUUUAGAGAAAAAAGAAGUUGGGAUUUUUUUGUAAAAUCAUGCCAUCUGAACAGAAACCAUUAUUUUUUGAUGAAAAACAAACUACUUUAAAAAAUUACGAUGUGAAAAAUGAGCUAGUGGAUACUAUCAGAUCAGUACCUAGGCCAAAAAUUGCACAAAGUAGUUUUCAUUAUGAACUAAAAAAUGUGAAAAUUGAUUUGCCGAAGAUACAUAUUCCAAAUGAAGUCUUUUUGAAACAUGAAGUUGACAAAUACAGAAAAUUAUUUCAGCGUCAACCACAGACUGCAAGAAAAUCUAUCAGUGUAAAGACUGUAAGCUGUGUAGAGGAGUGUAUGUUGCUCCAUAAGUCUGAGAGAGUUGAAGAGGAGGGUUUAAAAAUGUCUGCAAAAAUACUCAAUUUCAACUGUUUAAAAUGCCGAGAUAGCACUCGAUAUAGUCCAAAUGAUUUGCAGAAACACUUUCAAAUGUGGCACCAUGGUGAAUUACCUUCCUAUCCUUGUGAAAUGUGCAGUUUUUCAGCAAAUGACUUCCAGAUAUUUAAACAACACAGACGGACACAUAGAAGCACUUUAGUAAAAUGUGACAUUUGUAACAAUGAGAGUGUAUAUACUUUAUUAGACUUGACAAAGCAUUUUGCAUCCACACAUUGUGUAAAUGGUAGUUUUCAAUGUGAAAAGUGCAGAUUCUCCACCCAGGAUGUUGGCACAUUUGUUCAGCACAUUCAUAGACAUAAUGAAAUCCAUUAUAAAUGUGGUAAGUGCCAUCAUGUAUGUUUUACCAAAGGAGAGCUUCAGAAGCACCUUCAUGUUCAUUCUGGUACAUUUCCCUUCACUUGUCAAUAUUGUAGCUAUGGUGCUACUAGGAGAGAGCACCUGGUAAGACAUGUUAUAACUUUGCACAAAGAACACUUAUAUGCGAAAGAAAAACUGGAAAAAGACAAAUACGAAAAGAGGAUGGCAAAGACUUCAGCAGGACUUAAGCUGAUACUGAAAAGAUACAGAAUAGAUGCAUCAAGGAAGACGUUCUGGAAACGCAAAAAGAUCAACAACGGAAGUGACAGAAGUAUAGAAAAAAACACUCAAGUGCUCAGAAAAGUGAACAAAACACAGGCUAAAUCUGAAGACCAGAGCCAUCUUGUUCAAGAGUAUUUAAAUGAAGAAAAGGAUGAAAGACCACACUGUGAGAAUAAUGAUAAACCUACUGAGUCAGAGUCAGAAAAGCCAACUCUUCUGUCCACUGGGCAACGUAAUAGAGUUGAAGAGGGAUCAAAUUCUACUCUAGGCUUCUUGAAGACUGCUGUACAAGGACCUACAGUGUUAAUGGUGAAAAAUAAUAGAAUAACAAUUCCUGCUAACUACAGUGCUGAUUUUAUGGGCUUUAAGAUGGUGGAUGGAAAACAACAUAUAGUAAUAAAAUUGUUACCUACCAAUAAACAGAAUUUAUAUUCACCAGGCUCACAGUCAGAUGCUGCAAAGGAGAGUACUGCCAAUUUGCAGCCCCGGACUUUGGACACUACUGGAUUUUUAGCAGGAGUAACAACUGAAUUAAGUGACACAGUUUACAUGAAAGCAACUACCCCAUUUUCAUGUUCAUCUUCUAUACUUUCAGGGAAAGUAAUGUCAGAAAAAGAAAUGGCUUUGCUAUCUCAAACAAGUAAUAUGCUUCAAACAAUGGAUGAUGAAAAAAAUGUGUCGUCUUUGUCAGCAUCAGAAUUGGUUUCAGCAUCAGUGAAUUUGACCACAAAAGCUGAAACAAAAGAUAAUAUUGACCUGUGGGGAAGUUAUAUUACUCAGAGUCACCCUGAGAUGUCAGGUGCUGCCAUUAGAAGUCCAGAUAAAGUCAACUGUACUACCAAACAAAAUGCAUCUAACAGUGGGGAUAUGCAUAACUACUGCAUUAAUUAUGUCAACUCUGAGUUACCUGUUGAAUCUUCCAACCAAGGAUCAUUGCCCUUUCAUAAUUACUCAAAAGUAAAUAAUUCUAAUAAACGGCGUAGAUUUUCAGGAACAGGAAUGUGUGAAAACCCUCAAAAAGAACCUUCAUCAAGCAAGACAGUUGUUCAGCAACCAAUAAGUGAAUCAGUUUUGUCUCUAGUGAGGAAAGAGAGCUCAAAUCCAGAUAGCAUGUUAGCAUCUAUUAGCCUUUUGAAUACUAAAGAUGGAACUUUAAAAAUGCAAGCUGAAAUUGAAGAACAGUGUGUUUUAGAAAAAGGACAAAACAGCGACGGACAGAACUUAUACACUAAUGAAAAUCAAAAUUUAGAGAGCUUGACUGAAAAAUCUAAGUGGGAUAACAUUUCUAAUGUUGAGUCACCUAUGAUGCCUAGAAUCACCUCUGUUUUCUCUCUCCAGAGUCAACAGGCAUCAGAAUUUUUGCCGCCUGAAGUAAACCAGUUACUUCAGGAUGGAUUAAAAACAAAAUCUGAGGUAAAACAAGACUCUAGUAAUAGUAACACCCCAGAUAAAGGCCUGCCACUUCAUUGUGACCAGUCAUUUCAGAAACUUGAGGGAGAAGGCAAAGUAGUUGACUCUUCAAAGGACUUCAAAGUACAAGGCCUUUUCUCUAUUCCAUCUGGUAGUAUAGGGAUUAAUGUGCCUACCAAUGAUCUGAAUUUAAAAUGUAGUGGAAAAGAAAAACAAAAUCUGUCAAUAUCACAAGAUGUGAGAGAUUCAGAAAAGACACCUAGAAUUUCAGGUAUUGGCACAUUACUUAAGACUCAGUCAGAUGCAAUAAUAACACAGCAGCUCGUAAAAGAUAAACUGCGAGCCACUACACAAAAUUUAGGUUCUUUAUAUAGGCAGAGUCCACUUCUGAAUUCAGAACCAAAAAAGGCUAUAUUUGUUCAGACUCCAAAAGGCUUUUUUGUACCAUUGCACAUUGCUAACAAGCCUGGAUUACAUGUUGUUUCAGGAAGGCCACUUCCAUUGGUUAAUACACAAGGUGUACCUGCUUCUCUUCUUUUAAACAAGAAACCUGGGAUGAUUUUAACAUUUAAUAAUGGGAAACUUGAAGGUGUUUCCACUGUCAAAACUGAGAGUGCUCAGGCUUGUGGAACUACAGCUAAGGAGCCUUGCAGAAUACCUUUUUUAAAGGUAGAACGAAACAGUAAUUGUCUGACACCUGCACUUUGUUCCAGCAUUGGCAGUUGUUUGAGCAUGAAAAGUAGCUCAGAAAAUACUUUGCCAUUAAAAGGCCCUUACAUCAUCAAAACAGCAAAUUCUUCAGCGAAAGCUGUUCCUACUCCUAAUACAGUACCUGAGCAUCAGGGCACCAAGUUGAAUAUCUUGGACUCAGUAAAACAGCAGAAUGAGAUUUUUCCAAAACCACCUCUUUAUACCCUCUUGCCUGAUGGCAAACAAGCUGUUUUUUUAAAGUGUGUGAUGCCAAAUAAGACUGAGCUGCUUAAGCCUAAAUUAGUCCAAAAUAGUACAUAUUAUCAAAACAUACAGCCAAAGAAACCUGAAGGAACACCACAGAAAAUAUUGCUGAAAAUUUUUAACCCUGUUUUAAAUGUGACUGCUGCUAACAAUCUGUCUGUAAGCACCUCUGCAUCCUCAUUGCAGAAAGACAAGGUACCAUCUAAUCAGACUACAGGAGGAGAGCAGAGAGCGCCAGAAUCUUCUAGAGAUGCCUUACCCUUCUUACUAGAUGAUAUGAUGCCAGCAAAUGAAAUUGUGAUAACUUCUACUGCAACAUGCCCAGAAUCUUCUGAGGAACCCUUAUGUUUCACUGACCGUUCAGACACCAGGGUAUUAAGGUGUAAAACAAAUUGUACAAUCGAGAGAAGCUUCAAUAGAAAAAAGACUUCGAAAAAAAAUUUUUCAAGAGUAAAAACUCAUGCAAGAAGUAAAGAUUCUGAAACUGCCUUUGUAUCUAGAAACAGAAACUGUAAACGAAAGUGUAGGAAUAGUUACGAAGAACCUCCAAGAAAAAAAGCAACAUUACAUAGAAAGUGUAAAGAAAAGUCUAAACCUGAAGAUGCCCGUGAAGCAUUUGAUUUUAGCAGACCAAGGCUUUCAAGAGAUGCAGUCAGAACUUUGCGGCUUUCCCCCUUUAGUUCCAAACAGCUUGUGAAAUGUCCUAGGAGAAACCAACCAGUUGUAGUUUUGAAUCAUCCUGAUGCAGAUGCACCAGAAGUAGUAAGUGUGAUGAAAACUAUUGCUAAAUUUAAUGGACGUGUACUUAAGGUUUCGUUGUCGAAAAGAACUAUCAGUGCUUUACUGAAGCCAGUGUGUGAUAAUGCCUCGAAAACAAUUUAUGGUGAUUUUUCCAAAAGACAUAAAACAUUGAAACCUGUUAGUUCUGUGAAAGAAAGAUUUGUGCUAAAAUUAACACUCAAAAAGACAAGCAAAAACAAUUAUCAGAUCGUGAAGACUACCUCUGAAAAUGUUCUGAAAGCUAAAUUUAACUGUUGGUUUUGUGGUAGAGUAUUUGACAAUCAGGAUGCUUGGGCUGGUCAUGGGCAGAGACAUCUAAUGGAAGCCACUCGUGACUGGAAUAUGUUAGAAUAAUUUACUGUAGUUACCAAGGAAAAGAAAAGUAAAAUUAUCUUAGGAGAAAACAUGGGUUGAAUUACCUUAAGGCAGACGUUUUCUACUUCAGUAUAGUACCUAAAAUUGAGCAUCUGAAAGUUGGCUGAAUUUCCAUGGGAGACUAAAAAAGUUUCAUGUGUGAUAUUUGAAAAUGCUAUCACUGCACACAUAAGUUUAGCAAGAAAUUAAUUGCAGCAUAGAUGUACCUUGAUUUAAUUUUUUAAAAUGUGUUCUUGGGAAGUUAGGGCUAAAGAAAAUUUUGAUAAAACAGUUUUCCCAAUUUAGUUAUAUAGUGACUUUUAGUAGAGGGGCAUGGCUGACAGCUGCAUCCCCUCUCUCCUUCACCAGCCUUAUGAAUCUGGUAGGUGUAGCUUCUCUGAAGAUGGAGGAGGCUCUUUCACCACGGAGCUGAAGGAGUUUCUCCUCAUUUGUGAAGACACACCAAGAGUUUGAGUAAAGAACUUAACUUUACAUCUGCUAACUAUAGUUCUUUUUGAAGGGUAUUAGGCUCCUCUGAGAGCACAGAUACACCACAUAAUGCUUGAACAGAGUUUUUCACAAGUAAAUCUCUUUUCUCUGCGCUGUGUCCCAAAUCAGGAAUUGGAAUACCUUCCCAAGGUGAUUUUCUUUUUCUAAAUGGCUAUGUCAGACAUUUGUAGAUGGGCAGCCUCCAAAGAAUUAAACUCUCUUGGUCCAGUUUAAAGUCUGAUUAAAGAAGUUGGACACUUUUCUGAAUUUGAUGAUAAUCUCCAGUGAUUCUUUUGCACAGAACUAUGCUUAUUUGAUUUGAAUUGUUUGUCCCCCAUAAACCAAAUGGCCAAUUUUUAUCUUGGUUUUCAUCCAUUUAAAAAGUGGAACAUAGAAGCACUUCCAAGGGAAUGGCUUUUCUUGAAAAUUAAGAAUCACUCUACAGAAACAAUAUUUUGAAGCAAGAUUAGCAAAGCAAAUCAGAUUUUUGCUCUUUAAUUACUAUAGGUGUCUGAAUAUGUACGUACACAUUGGGACAAACCAUUUUUGUUAGCACCUUUUUGGUCUCACUGACAACCCAAAGCAGAUUAUUUUACUGAUUGUUGGCAGUUGAAAUGAAGAAGCAUUAAUAGUGGACUCAGUGGCAGGACAUAAAACUUCAGUACAGAUUCCUAGGGGAUAUACCCAGCAGGUAGAGUUUUAAAAGGGAUAUUUUCAGGACAACAACAGAAUCAUCGACUGAAACUUCACCGUGUAAGUUUGGAUCAAAUUUUGUUGGAUUAUUGAAUAAUGGAGUUCUUAUAUUACAAAUUACUGUAUAAUUUUUGUUAUAUUGUUACUAUAAGUGUUAAAACAUUUUCAUUAAUUGAAAACUUCAGGGCUUCUUUUCUGUAUAUAAGAAAGAGUUUAAACCUGUACAUAUUUUUGUACCUUUUAGUUUGUUAUGUAAAUUUUGCACAGAAGAUUUUUGACAAAAUUUAUUUUCUUUCAAUUUAGUUCUGUGCAUGCACUAAUAAAACUGUUGUUUAAUUUAAAAGGAAUAUGUAAGACUUUACCCAUGUUAUUUUCUUGGUUUUUAUUUUAGAUGUAGAAUUUUUUUUUUUGGGUAAAUUCAUUUUUCAGGGAUUGAACACUAUUGUUAGCAAGUGCCUAAAAGAUGUGAAACAGUUUACAUAUGUCAACUGUAACAGUAGGUCCCAAAUGGGCCCAUUUCCCCAAAAGUUUUAUUUUAAAGAAAGCCAUACAUAGAUGCUUCAAGCUAUCUUGCUAUGCACAUUAUACACAUGUACUUUUUUUGUGCAGUUUGUCUACUUUCCUAGUGAAGUAUUUUUUGUAUAAAACCUGUUAAAAUUGUGUUUCUUAAAUUGAGCCUAAGAAUGGAGUUGAUUGGAAAUAUACAGUAUAUAUUAAUAAUGUAUAUGGUGUUUAAAGAAUGGUAAGCAAUGUUAAUUUCUGUAAUGAAUAUUUUCAUCAAUUAAAUUUAUCUUAAGUUUGUGUUUA